CAGCAUCCUUCGGUCCAUAUAGAAGCAAGUGUCAGCAUUUUCUAUUUAACCCAUAAUCCUCUCCACCAGAUUCACCCUCUCCCAACCAUAUUCCAUCAAUCCAUCUUCGAUCGCUGCCCGCAACCAUGGCACUCAUUGAAAUCACUGUCAUCUCAGAUCCAGUAUGCCCAUGGUGCUACAUUGGCUACCGCCGCCUAACCAAGGCCAUCCGCCUAUACCAAAAGACCUACCCCGGGGGAAGCCAAGACCGCAUCCGCAUUUCCUGGAAACCGUACUUUCUAGACCGCGAUGCUCCGAUGGAAAGUGUUCCCUACAUAGAGAGAAUGACCCAAAGACUUGGAGCCGAUAAAGUCCCUGCCGCAAAAGCUCGGCUGGAGCGACUAGGUGCCCAAGAAGGGAUCUAUUUCAAGUUUGGAGGACGGUUUGGGAAUAGCCUGCGUGCGCACCAACUGCUUUUGUUGAGCGAGUUAAUUAGUCGGCAAGGAGAGAUUGAUGGUUGUGGUGCUCGCGAUACUGCCACGGCUGUUGCUGAAGGCAUCUUCCGGGCCCAUUUUGAGGAUGAACUGGAUAUUACUGAUGUGGAAACCUUGGUGCGCGUUGCCGUACACGCUAGUGAGGGGUAUUUGGAUGAAGUCAAGGUCCGGUCCUGGCUUGAACAGGGACAGGGAGUGGAGGAGAUUGAUGAUAUGGCGACAAGGGCUCGUCAGGAAGGAGUUCACGGUGUGCCAUGCUUUCAGAUUGGCGGGGGAGAGAAUGCUGAAGGUGCGGUGUUGACUUUAAGUGGUGCUCUGGAUGUCGAUGAGUUCUUGCAGGCCCUUAUUGCACAUAAAGCAGGAAAGGGUUUGGAUUCUGCGGACAAGGUAUUGGGAGGUCAGGAAAUGACUUCGUGUUGAGACUAUGAUGGGGCUUCAGUAAAUAUGUACUGUUAUUGAGAGAUAUCAAGCUCAGUCAACUAUGUACGAAUUUGGUCCAGAUGCAUAUUGAUCCUUGCUCACUGCAAGCUCCCACU